CGCUUCUUCAGAUAAACCAAACAAAUCCACGCUUCCUCCAAGAAACGAAAUUUGCCAAGUCGCCACCACCCAUACCAAGCACGACCCCGACAAUGCAUCCUAAACUAUUCCUCUCCGCUCUGCUUGGCCUCCUUGUGGCACCCAGUGCAGGCCUCCCCGUUCAACCUGACGAGACACUCUCUACCUUGGGCCCCAGUGCAGAUUUGCCCAGUCAACCUGACGACAAACUCACUACCGUGAGCCCCAUAGAUGUUGUUGAUAAUAUCCCGCAUGUGGCAGCACUCAGGAACUACGGUUACUGUGCUCUCCAAUGCACCCCGGAGCUAUUCAUGCUGCUCACGGUCGUCGACUGCAUCAAUGAUUGCAUGGGGGAGAGAGGAUAUGCAGAGUAGCAUGGCCCAAUAUGGCCAGACGAAAUUAAAUGGAUAUGGAAGGGUCUUGAAGGGUGAACUGCGGUACAUGGCUACGCUGGUGGGCUAUUAUCACGACUUGCUGCCGGACGAACUCGCCAAAUAAGAUGUCAACUUUGCCGAAUGAAGUCUCUCUCACACGCCAAACCUUUAGGGAAAUCGACACCAUAAGUAAUUAAAAGUUCAACUCCAUGAGUUUUCUAUAAGGUAGUCUGCGAACACGAUGCGCCUUCCCAAACUUGCCUCAGAACUUACAUAAAGACUGGCCCCAGCCUCCAUCCAGACAUAUCAAUGAUAGUUUUCCAUACGUCUUACAAC